AAAUCCAAAAAUCGGUAACAUCGUGACCUUCUGCGAGUACUUUAUUCCAUGGUCAAAACAAAAUCAUUCCUUCCACUAAGUGCUCGAGUGGAAGCUAUGGUUCAAUACUUGUCAGGAAAGGAGAUAUGAGGGUCCCUUGGCUCCUUCCUUGCCUCGGCAAAUGAAUUGUCGCCUCGUUGUCACUAAAUGGAUUCCAUGGCAUGAAUCGCAUUCACUGACAGUCGUAGCUAAUCGCGCCCUUGCGAUUCGGACAAAAGCACGGAGGCCGAAAAUACACAACGAUGCUCGCCCUUGCUCAGAAAACGGUACCCGUGCCAAGGGCCGGGGAAGGAGUUCGAUUUGAGGGAAGCAUAGCGCCGCGGAUCGUCUUGUAGAGCUCGUGCUGCCGCGGGAUAAGGAGGGGAGUGAAGGAGGGAGGGAGCCGCGUGUGCAGAUGUCGAGGCCGAUCGAUUUGUCUUGGGAGAGUUGAGUGUGGAGCGGCAGGAUUUCGAAAUGAGAGAGGCGCACAGGAAUUGGCGGCUGGUGCGGCGCAUGUGGAGAGCCGUCACGGCGGAUUUGGAGAGCGUUCCUAGCUCUGCGCAGUCCGCGAGUGCUGCUGGUUGUGCUGCUUCGCGGUCGUUCUGGAGCUGGAGCGGGCCCGAUUGUGUCGAAGGUCGGGGACUUGCGAAGCCGCAAGCGUUUCUGUGGGAUGGGUCUUUGAAACUGGUCGGUGGAGAUCGUGGAAGAUUUUCGGUGCUUCGUCACUCGCGCGGAGCUAAAAUCAAUGGAUCGGAGGUGAAAAGUGGCUUCAUAAUCAUGCGGAAAGGGCGCAUAACCCAGGUCUUGAAGACGCAACACACUCAACAAGGACGAGGAGGAGCAACAAUCCAGGUUGAGCUUCGAGAUGUUCAAAGUGGCCUGAAAUCCACCGAAAGACUCCGCACUGGAGAGGCUAUCGAAAAGGUUUUUGUCGAUGACAGGGUGUACACUUUCUUGUACGAAGAAGGUGAUACAAUAAAUUUGAUGGAGCCUAACACUUUCGAGCAACUAGAGGUUCCCAAAGCAUUUUUUGGGCCAGCAGCUGCGUAUCUUACAGAUGGGAUGGAGGUCAAAGUACAGUACUUCGAUGGAAAGCCUAUGUCCGCAACAGUACCAGAUCGUGUGACGUGCACUGUUGUUGAAGCCGAGCCCUUUUUCAAGGGCCAAGCAGCAACACCACAAUACAAAAAAAUUGUACUAGACAACGGGCAACAGCUGAUGGCACCCUCUUUUAUAGUUGCUGGAGAUCGUGUAGUUGUGGAUACGGCGGAAAAUUUGUACAUGACAAGAUCGAAGGAGUAGCAACAUUUUUAACAUAUUGUUUUCGAAAGUGAGGACAAAUCAGCAAUCUGAUUCAGUUUGGGCGCGUUUGUCCCCGUUCAGAUUCUAUUCCUCUUUCUAAAAUACAGGUUCGCAAGAGAAAGAUGAUACAGAGGUAUUGGACUUUGCUCAAGUUUGCCAAAUAGAGCGUGAUGAACUGCACACAAGUUGCUACGGCAUGAAUAUUGAGCCUUGUCAUCCGGCUAUUUAUUACACUAAGUUGUGACGAGUUGGUGAAAGACGGUCAUAUUCCCAAGAUGCACGAGUAUAUAUAUAGUGAAACGGUCAGCGAGUUGGAUACUUCUUCUCUUACCGGUGUACUCUGUAUUGAGUCCUUGGAUGCAAAUAGUGAUCUUUUAGACACCCUAAACUCAAAAGUUCGUUGUCUAACAUGUGGGAUUUUCUACGGAGAGAAAUUCACCUCAUCUAUGUUGAGAGAUAGUAGAGUUAAGAGCAGUAGAAUGAAAAUAGGAGUAAAAUAGCAUGUGAAGUAUACCAGAAGUUAGCCAUCUUUUUUCCUUUUCCAAGAAAUUGUUCGCCUGCAGCGGGUGUGGAGUAAACAUAAGUAACCAUUGAGGUAAAAUGCAACAUGCGGCCAGUUAAAAAAAAAUGACUUUGGGGUGAAAGUAAGGAAGGACAAAGAUCAAUUCGA